CGUGAAUAAUCAAUGGAUUCUAAACAAAAGGAUUUAAAUGAUAUUCCAGAGACUACACUGAGUUCGACAUAUGUAGAGAAAUAUGGGUGUCAGAAGCCAUACUACUCGCUUAAGAAAUGUAUUAUUGUGCAUGGUGAUAACUCACGUACCAAUUGACUUAACGAAUAUGAGAAUAUUGGGAAAUGAAUUAUGAACAAAGCUCUUGAGAUGAGAAGCGAUCAUUAUCAACAAUAGAAGGAAUGUGUUACAUUUUAUCCGGCUCAUAGCAAAGCUUUCAAU